GACAGUCAGAAAACAAUUGCCGCCAACCUGCCAGGACACACAGUGAAUUGUCCGAACUUGGAACACCUGGAACUUACACAGCCUUUGACAGCCUCGGAGGCGGCGGGGGUGGAACAGCAAGUCAACAGUUCUGCUGCACCGCACUUACCGUUCUCAGUGAAGAAAGGAGGAGAAUAACAAUCUACAUUCAGUGAAGGAAGCGGGCAGGGAGCCAUGCAGAGUUAGGAUGGAGGAAUAUCGGCAUAUAGAGGGAGACUGAGAGGACAGACUGAAGAGACGAAGACGGUGCAUUCCUGGUUGGAGCUGAGGGGGGGGGAGUGGUUGCCCCGGGGCAAGAGGAAGAUUUUUGUUGCUAGAAACCGAGAGAGAGGAAGGGGGAAAGGAUGCAUCUGUUCUUCCAAGAAAAGUGGGAAGUGGAGGGGCUACAGACUGUGGGCAUCCUCCUGGUGGUCUGCAGCUCCCUCAAACUGAUGCACUUUCUGGGACUUAUCGACCUUUCCACGGCAGACAGCGAGGAAGAUGACUUUGAGUUAUCCACUGUGUGUCAUCGCCCUGAAAGCAUGGACAAGCUGCAGGAGCAGACUAAGUUCUCCAAGAAGGAGCUGCAAGUCCUCUACAGGGGCUUCAAAAAUGAGUGUCCAUGUGGUGUGGUGAAUGAGGAGAACUUUAAGACCAUUUACUCCCAGUUCUUUCCACAGGGGGAUUCAAGUAUGUAUGCACAUUUCCUGUUUGAAGCCUUCGACACUAACAAGAACGGCUCUGUUAGUUUCGAGGACUUUGUAUUUGGCCUGUCUAUCAUCCUUAGAGGGACCAUUAAUGACCGGUUAAACUGGGCGUUCAACCUCUAUGACCUAAACAAAGAUGGAUGCAUCACCAAAGAGGAGAUGUUAGACAUUAUGAAGUCCAUCUAUGACAUGAUGGGGAAGUACACAUACCCCACUAUGCAGGACGAUAUUCCAAGAGAACAUGUGGAGAGCUUCUUCCAGAAAAUGGACCGGAAUAAAGAUGGCGUUGUCACCGUAGAAGAGUUCAUCGAGUCAUGCAAAAAGGAUGAAAACAUAAUGCAGUCCAUGCAGCUGUUUGACAACGUCAUCUAAGAAUCUGGAUCAGAGUACACUGGCACCAGGAAGGGAAGUGUGUGUGUAAGAGGAAUUGGGAUUGAAAAGAGAGAAAGAGUUAGUGAAUGUGUGUGUGUGUGUGUGUGUGUGGCCGUGUUCUGACUUACAAGCUUGUGCUUGUGUGUCUGUUGAGAGCUGUGAGUCCUGAGGGCACCGAGAGGCCCUCUCCCUCUUCCUGGACCCCCAGUGACAUUUCUCCACACAACAAUGGAGGUCCCCCCGACUCCCUUCAUCAUGCAGAACCUUAGUUAAACACCAGAGGCACAGAGAAAGAAGGCAAGCAGCUGGCUCACAGGCCCUGGCACAAUCAAAGACCCCCCUACCUGCUUUGUUUGAACUUUUAUUUAAUACUAUUACUGAUGGAGGAACUAUCGCAGCCUGUAACUGGCUGAACUCAGUGGGAGGAAGUUGCCUCCAAACCUUGAUCUCAGACCACGUUUCCCCUUUUCCCUGUGGUGGCUCAUAAUUUGGAUUUGUGAAUCUGAUCCUGCCUCUGGAGCCGCUCGACUGCUCGUGCACUGGCCCUAAAAAUAGAAAUGAAUCUACCGCCACCUUGUGGACGAGAGAGAGAAAGACACUUCCUGAGGAAACAACUGACCGAAUUGGAGAUCCAAGUGUUUCUGUUUUACAGAUGGAGGUUCAAACGUGUUGUUUUCCACGAGGAACUGAUUACAAUAUCGCAUGAUGAUGUCACUAAUAUCCAAUUAUGUAUUUACAGAGAUACUCCAAAGUCUGCUUGUCUGUCUGCUGUUCCUAGUCAUUCACAGGUGCCUCACCCUUUGUGUAUGUGUGUGUGCAUUUGUAACAGAAAGAGUUGUCAUCCAUCUUACCUAGGUAAGACUCUAAUGGGACAACACCCACCUCCAUUCAUGGGAUUCUGGUAGAAUAAUUCCAAGCCUUCCAAACUAUUACAGUCCUAGCUGUAGGUGUCUAUUGACUGUUGUACAUUUUUUAGCAUUCCCAAUGGUGUGAUAUUAGGCAGUACAAUGUGGGGAAUGCGCUACAGUCAACGAGCUGCUUUGACCAUCCCGGCUUCUAUCGACACAUGACUGGCAUACCACAGUCGUACUAGUCUUUCAAUAUACAUCCAAGGGGAAUUUAUUAGAUUGCAGAUUGUAUUUGUGAACUUCUUGUAAUCGGAAAUGUCAUGUGGAUGUAGCAGGUUCUACCACUUAAAAAAAGAAGAUUCAAAACCCCGUGUUGCAUUAAAUUAGGCUCAUUCAAUUUCUGAGGCAUAGUGUGUGUGUGUGUGUGUGUGUGUGUGUGUGUGUGUGUGUGUGUGUGUGUGUGUGUGUACUGUUAGUGAGAGACAUGGUUCAAUCACAUAGUUUUUUUUAUGCCCCCCUCAUUCCGCAUUCUCCCUCUCUCUGUAACACCAAAGAGAAGUUAUACAUUAAAGAGGUAUAUAAAGCCACUCUAAGAUAAGACAAAUAGCCCACCAGUGGGUGAAGAGAGAGGGACAUGCUGUGUAGUAAGUAGGGCAAGGGGCAAUCAGAGAUAAAAGGAUGUAAUUUGGCAAAGUUGUGAUCUGAUUUUCCUGCACAUUUUUCAAACCGAAGUGUAGUUUUAGGUUGCAAACCCACAUCUUAUUAGAAAGGCAUUUGAAGAAUUUAAAACAACUCAAACUAAAACUACUCUUAAAUCUGUCACGGUGUAAGAAAGAGGCCCUCCAGCUGUAAUUAUGUAGGCUAUAGUGUCUUUUAAAUGCAGAGAGACUGA